GCAGGUGAUCUGAAUUGUCAUCAUGACCCGGGAUAUAUACCGAUGUAGACGGGCUCGGUCAGAACUUCCUAAAGGAGCGUCGAGCCCCCGAUCAGACAACUCAGCCCAACCGUGGUAGGUGGUCUGAAAGAGUCAUGGGUCGUCCUGGGAUUCAGAUGUGGACAUGGAAGCUGUGUGUCUUCUUGAGCUGGAUGUGCGUGGGCCAGGCGGCGGCAGGACCGCAGUACAUGGUAGCCAUUCCUGCAAUUCUUGAAUCUGGCGCUGAGACCAGAUUCUGUGCCAGUCUCCUGGAGCCCAGCGAGACUCUGGAAAUGAGCGUCACUCUGAUGUCCCAAGAGGCGAAUACAACUCUUCUGGAGAAGACGUCCAGUGUAGAAUUUCAUACCUGCAUUGACUUUAAGGUUCCUUUAGUGCAGGAUGAAGUGGUGCAGAACUUUGAGGUGGAGGUACGAGGCGACACGUUCUACUCUAAAGAAGUCCGAAAAGUUAAGAUCAAAGUCUAUCGACCAAUGACCUUCAUCCAAACGGAUAAACCAAUCUACCUCCCAGGACAAACGGGUAAUUUUGAGCUGAUGGCUUUAUACUUGAUUUAUGUUAGUUACUUUAGAUUAGCUGUUUUUAAUCUAGGUUUGCUUGGUUACUUAUCUAGAUUACUUGACUUUUGUAUUUGCUUAUAAUAAUUAAGGUGAGAU